AAACUGCGGAAACGCGUCCAGAGAAAAGUUCAGCGCGUGCACAGGAAGGUGUGACGUGGAAAAAAAAUACACGCAACCUGGAAAAACCCGAGCGCGCGCUUGCAAUCCAGGAAUAUUUGACCCUUUAAGAAGAGACGUUUGUUUCAAGCCAUGGUCUAGGUCAUGGGUGACGUGAACGACUUCCGUGCUGUAACUCGCAGCAGAAGGCGCGCGACUAUCACCAGCGCUAAAGGUGAGCUCGUGCGACGUCCGAAUGGCGCGAGCUCACCUGAUACGAACAGUCCCACGUGGAUUCCACCUAAACACAAGGGACACGACGCACAGACGUUGGUUUUACCCGAGGAGAAGAGAAAAGUUAGUCGGAACGAUAACCUGAGUUGCCACAGGUUGCAAGAGUCGAUGCUGAGUUCCGCAAGCAGUUUCAAAAAUUACAGAGGAAUCCUGAACUGGUGUGUUGUCAUGCUGAUCUUGAGCAAUGCACGUCUGUUCUUGGAAAACCUUCUCAGGUAUGGUGUACUAGUGGACCCCAUUCAAGUGGUGUCGUUGUUCGUGAAGGACCCGUACAGUUGGCCGGCUGCAUGCCUGGUCAUUGUUUCAAAUGUGUUCAUACUUGUGGCGCUGUACAUAGAGAGGAAAUUAGCUAUCGGAGCCUUCAGUGAGCAGAUUGGCCUGAUUAUUCAUAUCAUCAAUCUGUCAGUAAUCUUGUGCUUUCCAGUGGUCAUUGUGCUCAUGCUGCCAUCUGUAACACCAGUUGGCGGUGCCUUUGCGCUGGCUGUCUACACUAUCCUGUUUCUGAAGCUCUACUCUUAUAAGGACGUGAACAGGUGGUGCAGGGAACGGAUGCAGGCGAAGGCUCGCAGCCUGUCCAGAUCACUGUCAUGUCCAUCAACACCAUCUACCAGUGGAGAAACGUAUGUGUCCUAUCCUGGAAACCUCUCCCUGAAAGAUAUGUUUUAUUUUGCUUUUGCUCCCACAUUGUGCUAUGAGCUGAAUUUUCCUCGUUCUAAAUCUGUACGGAUGGGAUUCCUGCUCAGGAGGUUGUUUGAGAUGUUGCUGCUCACUCAGCUGCUAGUUGGCUUAACACAGCAGUGGAUUGUACCAGUUAUACAAAGUUCAAUGAAGCCAUUGCAGGAAAUGGAUUUCUCCAGAAUGACUGAGCGCCUGCUCAGGCUAGCUGUCCCCAACCACUGUCUCUGGUUGAUAUUCUUUUACUGUUUUUUUCACUCGUCCAUGAACUUUGUGGCUGAACUUAUGAGAUUUGGAGAUCGGGAAUUUUACAGAGACUGGUGGAAUGCAGAAACUGUAACUUAUUUCUGGCAAAACUGGAACAUCCCUGUCCAUAAAUGGUGCCUACGACAUUUUUACAAGCCCUUGCUGAAGAAGGGGGCCAGCAAGUUAGUGAGCCAAUCAGCGGUUUUCUUUGCCUCAGCCUUUUUUCAUGAGUAUCUGGUCAGUGUUCCUCUGAAGAUGUUCAGACUGUGGGCAUUCAUGGGCAUGAUGGCUCAGCUGCCAUUGGCAUGGUUUGUAGGGCGGUUUCUUAGGGGUAACUAUGGAAAUGCUGCCGUGUGGCUUUCUCUCAUAAUUGGCCAGCCAAUAGCUGUUCUCAUGUACGUCCAUGACUACUACGUCAUUCACCACCUGGAGGAAGCAGCAGAACCAGCAACUCUCUAAGCUGCAGACUGCGCACUGCUCCCGAAACUGUCUCACUGCCGUCCAACUUACACCUCCAGUUAUCACGCCUUCCUCAAAGAAAAGGAUCUUCACAGGCAUCAAACAAAUUCACUGGAAUUUAUUUCGAACAAAUGCCUUGACAGUUAUGUGAUGCCUUCCUGAGACGUUAGUGCUUGAAUUCAGCAGAUGUCUUUCACAAUUGUAGGCUUAGAAUGGACAGAUAGGAUUUUUAAAAAUGUUUUAUAUUGAUAUUACUUUACUGAUCAAAUAUAGCAAAUGGAUCACAGCUAGAGCAUUUAAAAGAUAAUAUGAACAAAUGUAUGUAAUUUUUAAGGGUAUUAUGAUAUUUGAUGUCAUUUUAGAUCAUUUUUUAAUAGGAUCCACAACAUUUUAUGUAUGAAUUGUUAACUUUGACAUUCAUUUUGCAUGAAAAGUACAUUUGUAGACUGUUAAUGUUUAAUAUAGUAUAGUACAAUGUUUGUUUUUCAGUGUGUUCUGGUUUACUCUAAGCUCCUGGGUGUAUACUGGAGACGUAAUUGUGUAAAAUCAGGGAGUGCCACCUACUGGUGUCUUGUAAAUCAUAAAGUGUAUGAAUGAAACUCUUAGGCCAUGUAAUUAUACCUUCAUGUGGAGACAUUCAUCAAACAUAAUUAUAUUCCAUAGAAUAGCAGAUACAGUGUAAUCUCCGACUGUGAUAUUUUCUGCAGAUUUUGUCCUUUUGGAGCCAUUUGUUUUCAAGAUGAUGAGGGUGCCAGGUCCCUCCAAUCAGUACAAGUUGGUGAUAAAUGGCUUUGGAGAUAAGUUGUAUAAUAGCUUGAGGUAGUACUGUAUAAAUAUCCUAUCUCCAACACUGAGAUGCAGGCAUGAUUUCACACAACGCUAUCUUAAAGGUUGAUUGCACGUUAAAACACUAUGGCCUGUUUAAAACACUGCCUGACACACGGUACUGGAAGAAUGAUUACAAUGCAGGGAAUCAAUGCCAUUGAUGCAGAGAUGCAGUUUAUCUAUUUUUACCAGUAGUUCUGUUCUCUAGUCUGUAUCAAGUUUGUUGUAAAUCUUUAGUUUUGUAACUUUUGGAAUUGCCUGCCAUCUACUGUUUGAGUUGAGUAGAAAAAAAUUAGUUUUAUGAUUGAACAUUGUUUGCUUAAUUUUAAAUACAAAUAUUGUUAAUAUUGUUUCUAAUUCCUUUGUGUAUUGACUUUUUGUACUUUUUGGGCAUUGGCAUGAAGUUUAACAGAGAAAUAAAGUCAUAAUGGAGAUUGGGGUAUAAUGUAAA